GGCCGCCCGCACCGCCCACCUUUUUCCCGACAGCCUCUGCGGGGCGGCGCGCGUGCGCCGUGUGCGGCGGCGGCGGAGCGCGCGGUGGGUGGCAGCUCCGGUGGCGGGGCCGCGGCCCCGGUGUUCGUCCCGGCCGCAGACAGUAGUCUCAUGAACAGUCAAUGAUAUCAAGAGCAAUUGGCAGAGGUGAGGAAAUAAAAUGACCUUUUCCUGAACUUCUACAAAGAAUGCAAGUGAGCCUAGUGUGACCUUCAAUGCUUUUGUCCAUGAAACCUCCUAGAGAAGAUGGCUGACAUAAGCCUGAAGGAAGCAGCACUAAUAGUUGGUGUGGUGGCAGCCUGCUACUGGAACAGUCUGUUUUGUGGGUUUGUUUUUGAUGAUGUUUCAGCAAUUUUGGACAAUAAAGAUUUACAUCCUUCUACUCCAUUAAAAAAUCUGUUUCAGAAUGACUUCUGGGGCACUCCAAUGUCUGAGGAGAGGAGUCAUAAAUCUUAUCGUCCCCUCACAGUCCUAACGUUUCGCUUGAACUACUUGUUCAGUGAGCUAAAUGCAGUUUCUUACCACUUUCUAAAUCUGGUCUUUCAUGUGGUGGUUUGCAUAGUCUUCCUCAAGGUCUGUAAGCUCUUCCUGGACAACAGGAGCAGCAUAGUUGCAUCCUUGCUCUUUGCAGUGCACCCAAUACAUACUGAAGCGGUAACUGGAGUUGUGGGCAGAGCAGAGCUUUUAUCAUCUAUUUUUUUCCUAGCUGCAUUUUUGUCAUACACGAAGUCUAAAGGGCCAGAAAAUACCAUAGUGUGGACUCCAAUUGCAGUGACUGUAUUUCUAGUAGCUGUUGCAACACUUUGUAAGGAGCAAGGAAUAACAGUGGUGGGGAUAUGCUGUGUGUAUGAAGUCUUUAUUGCUCAAGGGUACACCUUGCCAGCAUUGUUGGACACUGCUGUACAGAUUCUUCGAGGGAAGGGCAGUAUUCCUUUCUCUAUGCUCCAAACGCUGUUGAAGCUCAUAGUCCUAAUGUUCAGUACACUCCUGCUUGUGGUUGUCAGAGUCCAGGUUAUCCAGUCUCAGCUUCCUGUAUUUACAAGGUUUGAUAACCCAGCUGCUGUUAGUCCAUCCCCAGCAAGACAGCUGACUUUCAACUACCUCCUCCCUGUAAAUGCUUGGCUUCUUCUCAAUCCCUCAGAAUUAUGCUGUGACUGGACAAUGGGAACUAUUCCUCUUGUGGAGUCUUUGUUAGAUGUUAGAAACGUUGCCACCCUUACCUUCUUUUGCUUUCUGGGAUCUUUGAUGGUGUUCAGUCUCCGAUACCCUGGGGAUUCCUCCAAGACAGUAUUGAUGGCACUCUGUUUAAUAGUGCUGCCAUUCAUUCCUGCGUCAAACCUGUUUUUUCCUGUUGGAUUCGUAGUAGCAGAACGAGUGUUAUAUGUUCCUAGCAUGGGAUUCUGCAUUUUAGUAGCACAUGGAUGGAAGAAAUUAUCAAAUAAAAGUGUGCUAAGAAAAGUUUCUUGGGUUUGUUUGGCUGCGGUGCUAUUCACUCAUGCCUUAAAAACACUGCACAGAAACUGGGAUUGGGAGUCGGAGUACACUUUGUUUAUGUCUGCUUUAAAGGUAAAUAAGAACAAUGCAAAACUAUGGAACAAUGUGGGACAUGCAUUAGAAAAUGAAAAAAAUUUUGAAAGAGCUCUGCAGUUUUUCAUACAGGCCACACAAGUGCAACCAGAUGAUAUUGGUGCCCACAUGAAUGUAGGAAGAACUUACAAGAACCUAAACAAAACUAAAGAAGCUGAAGAAUCAUAUAUGAUUGCUAAGUCAUUGAUGCCACAGAUUAUUCCAGGGAAAAAGUAUGCAGCAAGAGUUGCUCCUAACCAUCUAAAUGUUUAUAUCAAUCUUGCAAACUUAAUUCGAGCAAACGAAUCUCGCCUCGAAGAAGCAGAUCAGUUAUAUCGACAAGCAAUUAGUAUGAGGCCAGAUUUCAAGCAGGCUUACAUCAGCAGGGGAGAGCUACUUUUAAAAAUGAACAAACCUCUGAAAGCUAAGGAAGCUUACCUUAGAGCUCUAGAACUAGACAGAACCAACGCAGACCUUUGGUACAACUUGGCAAUUGUUUACAUUGAACUGAAAGAUCCAACAGAAGCCCUGAAGAAUUUCAACCGAGCACUAGAACUCAACCCAACGCAUAAACUGGCGUUAUUCAACUCAGCGCUGCUAAUGCAGGAAUCUGGUGAUGCUCGACUUAGACCUGAAGCUAAACAAAGGCUGCUGCAUUAUGUGAAAGAAGAACCACAGGAUUCAAAUGGAUACUUCAAUUUGGGUAUGCUAGCAAUGGAUGACAAAAAAGACAUGGAAGCAGAGGCAUGGAUGAAGAAGGCUAUAAGGUUACAGCCAAACUUCCGAAGUGCUUUGUUCAAUUUGGCCCUGCUUUAUUCUCAGACAGGAAAAGAGUUGAUGGCUUUGCCUGUCCUGGAAGACCUGCUGAGACACUACCCUGAUCAUAUCAAAGGUCUGAUUUUGAAAGGAGAUAUCCUUAUGAACCAGAAGAAGGAUAUUGUUGGAGCAAAAAUGUGUUUUGAAAAAAUUUUGGAACUGGAUCCCAACAAUGUACAAGGGAAACAUAAUCUUUGUGUGGUUUAUUUUGAAGAAAAAGAUUUAAUAAAGGCAGAAAAAUGUUUGGUUGAAACACUAGCACUGGCACCUCAUGAGGAGUAUAUUCAGCGUCAUCUAAACAUAGUUAGAAGUAAAAUUGCAUCACUCGGUGCUAUGGAACAGUCAUCACUUCCAUCAGAUGGGACUGCAGCUACAGAAGCAAAAAAAAAAUCAUUUCAGAAUUUGAAAGAAGCAAAAAGGGAGAAGACAACCACCCAAUCAACAGUGGAUAAUAAAGAGCACUCAAAAAAUAAGAAACCAACAGAGAAAAGCAGUGUGGACAAAGACACUCCAAAAAAAUCUACAAAAGAAAUCAAAGACAUUGAGAAAAAGAGAGUUGCUGCAUUGAAAAGACUAGAAGAAAUUGAACGUAUAUUAAAUGGUGAAUAGUCUUUACUAUGUCACAAAAGAAUAAGGGGAGAUUACUAUUUUUAAUUAUUGUUUAAUUUGUGAGCCAACUGGAAAGUGUUCUCAGUGCUUUGAAAACAGAAAUAAUGUUGACUGCAUGUCACUUAUCAAGCAGCAAAAGGCAUUGCAGUGCUCUAUGUCAGAAAAUCAUAACUCUUAAAUAUGAUGGAGGGAUGGGUGGGAAUUGAAGGAUAAAGGGUUGAGAAAAAUCUUCAAUGCAGAAUCCUUAAUAGUGAGAAAAUAGCACUCAGAAGUCGUUGGUAGUCAGGGAUAUUAAGUAAUGCAAAGACUUUAAAGCCUCAGUGGAAGAGCUGAAUGGGGAAUUACUGGGAUAAGCCAGACACACCUUCUUUCCCCCAACAAAUCUGUUUGUAUUUUCAUUAUCUACAUUUCAGUUUACACAUCAGCUGGAAUUUUUCUAGACCCUCCGCUGAACAACAAAACCAGUUUUUCUUUGCAUUAUUUGUUUCCAGAACUUAAAGUCAUCAAAAUGCUACUGGAUGUAGUAUAGGAGGAUGCAACAUUACACUAAAGUUUUCAGUUGCAUUCUAAAUAUGGAAUGAUAUAUUAACUUUUAGAUGUUCUUUAUUUACAGUUCUAAUGGUUUGUACUCUUUUACCUGAGAAGAAAUCUUACGGUGCUCUUAAGAUCUUUAGACUCUGCUUUUUAUUUUAAAGGAACUGUGUGGGUUUUCUUCAACUGUCAAUCAUCUGAUUGUUUUCAAAAAUGAUAUUAAAAAGGGUGGUUUCUUCCGCAGUUCAUUGAAUGAUGAUCAGUGCACUUUGGUACAGUAACCAGUAUGCUAUGCAGCAGCCCAUUUUGUUGAAUUUGUAUUAAUGGCUGUGGAUUGACUCCUUGGUGUAGUAAAUUCUUCCUUAUUUAUAGCAAUCUGGUUUUACUAUUUCUGUCAUUGCAACAGUAUUUCUAUUCUCAUGACUUUUUACAACACUAAUACAAGCACUGUUUGUUCAAGGCAGUGUGAUAAUUAUGCCACUGAAUUUAGUCAUGUUUAACACAAGGCAAUGUAGGUAAUAUCCUUUCAAAUACUAAGUUCUCUUGUUUUGAUACUUUGUCUUGGGUGUGUGGGUUUUAUUAAAUAUUUAUUUUGACUACUGAAAUAUUCCCAUUUACACUUUUUCACUAGUGCAUCAUUUUAAUUUCUUACAGGAAACAAAAAUCUUUGCAGUUUCAGUAUUGCUUUUAUCCUUGUGCAAUGCAUAUAUUUUUGUUUAAAUAUGCUAUCCAUUACUUAAACCUGAUGUUUUCCUUAAUUCUCAGAAAAGAAGUGUAAGAGCUGAAUUCAGUCAUAAUUUUCACUGAUCAUUAAAUCUAACUCUUACUCUUCAUGUUUUGUCUUAUUUCAUGAUGUGGAAGUAUUUCUUAACAAUUCUGCCAUUCAAACUCUAAUCCUUUCCGUACCUGCUCAACUUUCUGCCUCAGGCAGAAAUCCAAGUGUAAGAUGUAAUAAUUAUCUCUGUGGGAGAGAUCUUAAAUGGGUAAAUGGCUUCCUUGCACAGACAUUUUCUUUAUAAUGUGUCAUUCUUAAUGUUAUCACAGCAAUUGCUUGCAUGGUAAUAACUGGGGGGGGAAGUGUGUUUUAAAAAAACAUGAUUUACAAGCGGCUGACAGGAACAAGUGUAUGGUAUGCAGCUGUUCAUCAUACAAAAGAAUGUUUAAGUGCUACUUGUAGAGAAGUGCUCACAGGAAUCUCUUGACCACACCUUGAAAAUCACUUGUCUGUGAAUAGAUACUUGUACCUGAAGCAGUGAGUAUGUUGACUUCUACAGAAACGUUAACUUGCAUAUUAAGUCAUCCUCCAACUCCUUGUUUUACAAAAGGAUUGGCCAUUGUUCUGGGCAAGGUGAAGGAACACUCAUUUGAAAAUGGCAGGAAAUAAGUAGUAUGAAAAGGUAUUCUGAGAGAGAAGGUCAGGAUUCUCCUCUCUUCUAUAUGAAGAGCUCCUAUUAUUGCCAUUGUCACACCGUUUUUAAUUGGUGUGUAAAUUGAAGAGGGGAGUAAUGAUAGAGUCUCGAUCUCUGCAUCUGAGCCUCUGUCAUGUCUCAUCUUGACCAUCCAAGUAGCUCUUUAGGUACUAGCAGGAGCUGUUAGAUUUAUUGAUGCUAAGAAAUGCCAUCAGGUUUACCUAAAAUCAUCAGACAGAUGUAAACUUAAGGUUAUUGGAUGUCUUUCGGUCAGUUCCCAAGUUCUAUUCCCCCUAUUGUCUCUCUCAAAGAAAUGUUAGUAAAAACAAGUAUUUUGACUAACAAGGUGUAUUUAUACUGUUAGGAUGGGUCAGCCAUUUUAAAAUUAGGCUUUCACAAGAAAAAUGGUUCAGUAAAUUGAAGUGACAGCUUGUGAAAAGCUAUCAAAAUAGCAUUUGCACAUAGGAAAACUAUCAAAAAGAGAAUAAUUUAGGCUUUUUCUGCUUGCAGGUUGAACAGAAUAAUCAACAGGUAUUUUUCCCCUUCCAGUUUAACCUGUCUUUUCCUGCCAUCAUCAUGUGCAAAACACCAUAAAUACCCAUUUUCAGAAUUCCCUAAUUUCACUAAACAUGCAAGAAGUAGGAAUUUCUAAGAGUAGAACAGGCAUAUUAAAAUAAUUUGUAGCUCUCUUAUUUAUGCAAUGCAAUUGCUGUGAUUGCUGAAAAAAUGGAAUGGAUGUCUUCUAUCAUCUUUGCAUCCAUACACAAAUUUUUUCCAACUUAUAUGUACAGCUGCAGAGUAAGCAUUUGAAGUAUUACACAUAUUUGUGCAUGUGAUUUGACUACAGACGCAUGCAUUUGUCAGAUUAUUUUUUGGAUCUUUUGCAAGUGAGUAUGUGCAUAGAUAGACUCAAACAUGGAUUAAUUGGAUAUGCAUGCAUAUAGUUGGGACACUUGGAUAUCUAGAGAUUGCAGAGGGACAAUGUGCAAUUGUAGACUAACCUUUGAAUAUACAAUCUUUUUGUCUGUUUUAUACAUGAAACCUGAGAUUGAAUUGCAACUAUUAUUUAUUUUAAAAAUAUUCUUGCAUUACAACCAGUUAAAAACAUGAUCAGUCAUUUCUCGUUUCUUUUUUAUGUCUGUUGUUUCUUAUCAGCUGUCAGGAAAGUAGUCUAGUAUUGUGAAGAUUAGAAUAAUUUUCUGGCAACAGGCACAUACAAAGUGUUGGGGAUUGGAGUGGAAAGGAUUAAGCGGGACAGAAAUCCUUUCAAAUUGCAGUGCAGUUUAUACCUUAGGCAAUACUGAAAGCCAAGUUAGGGUGAACGUACAGGAAGAUUGCUGUGAAGGGAGCGCCUGGGUAGAGGCAACCUCAUGUUUAAUGGCACUUCGGAGCAAAGCACUGGCCUAUGAGAAAUGGCAGUAUUCUGGAAGAGAAGUAAGCACUCAAAAACCAACAACUCCUGAAACAUUUUGGCACUCUGCUUGUAGGUUGUCCAGCUCAACAUCUCAGCAGCUUUCCUUUUCUCAGCUGUUGGGUAAUUGAAGCCCAGGGGACACUGAGGGCAGCCCUUUAGGCAGCUGCCAGUUGAUUGUCAAAGAAGGUUUUUGCAUGACCUAUAUGUGCCUUGUAGCUCACAUGCCUUCCUCAGGGGUGUGGAUCUUUGGGCUAAAAAUGCAGGCACUUGUGCCUUCCUGAAGUUUCUUAUGGAAAGACUCAAUGAAGAUCAAAACAAUUCUGGGAAUUUUUCAGCCUGUCCCAGUCUCUUGCAAACUUUGCAUUGCACAGAAGUUCCCAGAAGGGUCCGAGUUUGGGUGAGUAUGUAUGACUGGGCUUUUCUUUGCAAGUUCUAUAGUUCACUUCUGCCUGGCACAAUAUCUGGAAUAACAGCAGAACCUGCUGCUCCAGGAACGUCCUGCUUCAGCUGCUGCCAUGUAACCAAAACUAUGCUUUGACUUCGAGCCUAGGAAUCCUGCUUUGCUUAGACAAACAUUGAGAAUGGAAAGGCUGUAGGACACCUUCCACCCAUCCUGCCCCUCACUUUCUUUCCAUACAAAAAUACAACAGUCUAUGCAGUGUUUCAACUACAUCCAGAACAACCCGUCCCCCAAACCUGCAACAGAGCUUAUAAAAACACAAGGCAGUUCUUGAAACAAAAAUAACAUAGCUUAGUAUGUUACAAAUGCUGCAAUGCUACUUUUUGUUUUAAAUAAUCUUAGAUAGAUAUGACAUUUUUAUAGCUCUGAGUGAGUGGUAGUGCAGUUAAUAUUCUUAGAAAAACUUUAAAACUGCUGUCAACUGUCUAGUGCCUGUCUACAAACUAGUGGUUCUGCAUGUGGGUUGUAUGUCCCUUGCAAACAGCUAGAGGAUAUCACAUACACAUAUCAACUAACAAAAAACAACAAUGACAAAACCGAACCAAAACAGGAAAAGAAAAAAAUAAACCAAACAAACAAAUCACCGAACUCUGCGUAAUUAUCCUGGUUUGGGAACAACAUAAUAAAUUGUAUCAUUUUCCUGGGCUAGGAAAUCAUCCCAGAAAAACACAUUUAACCUUCUCUGGCACAGUCAUAAUUUCAAAGAUUGCUGGAAAGAGAAUUGGACUUUACGGAUACCAUCUACUGUCAGCUAAGGAAUUCUGUUUAGAAUAAAAAAAUUAAUAUAAUGUUAUUACUCCAGCAUAAUGCAAACAACUAUUGGCUGCUACAUUUUUACUAGUACAAGAAAAAAACUACCAAAAAAAAAAAAGGAAGUAAAAAAUCCUUGUUCAGCUGGUGUCUUCACCAGUGCUUACAGAAAUGUAAAUGUCUUUUGCUAAAUAUCCAUACAGAGGCACUAACAUUACAGCAAAUUUAGGGCUUACCUGCUUCCAUGGGUGAGAUCAGUCUUUUGUGGUUAUGGACAGAAACAAAGAAAAGCUUGGCUUGUUGGGGUGUUGCAUGCAAUAUUACACCUUGGCAUUGUGAAAAAAAAAAUAUAUAUACACUUGCCAAAAUUUUAGUUACUUGUAGAUCACUGUAGCAGGCAAUUUGGUGUAUUUGAUACAGUUUUGUAAUACAAGAUUUAUAUGAGGCUUUGACUUACACUGUAACUGUAGUGAAUGUGAAGCCUUGAAGGACUCCACAUAGCACUCUAUGCAUUGGAAUAAAGCCUUGGAAUAAAGCAUGUUGUUCAGAUAGCCUAUGCUUAUUUAGCACAUAUGUUUGUUCCUUACAUGUAAUUAUCAGGGUAUUGUCUUUUUAAAUAGGCAUGGCAAAGCAUUUUUAAUUACAUGAGUAUUCAUCUACUCACAAUGAGAGUAGGUGGAGGAGGAAAAUACAACAAUUACAGGAUGUCUUACCAAAAGUAGAAGUCGUAAAUCUUGAUUUUUAAAAUACCAUCUAGAACAUGCACUCACCUUGAUUUCAUUUGCAGUUGUUAACCCAGCCCUGCUCUUUAGUUGUACGUGAGCAUCAUUGGAGCACAGUCUGUAGCGCCGACUCCCCAGUUCCGAGAGCUGGAAGGAGAUCGUGACAGUGGGAGCAGGCAGAAUGGGGGAUUAGUUGUUCCCACUCCUCAGCCUCAAGCUGAAUAAUCAAGGUUUGCUUGUUUGUUUGGGUGCACUGCUCCUUUCAUCUACAGGAAUAUCAGACAUUGUGGAUGAUUAUCUUAGUAUGCAAGAUACAGUAAUUUCUUUGUUGAUAAAAGAUGCUUGAAGGGAGCUUCUGAGCACCCUUUCUACCCCUUGAACAAAUUUUAAAUAGGUCUGGAGUGCUGGGUUUUCUUCAACUCUAUGCAUAUAUAUUUAUCAAUUUUCCAGUAUUAAAUAGCUGCAGACAAAAAGAAUGGAAAGGAAUGUGACUCAUGAAACUCAUGAAAUUCAAAUACUGGGCAAAAAAUAUAAAAGAAGCUGAAUUCUGUACUACUUCUUUAGAUGAAUUUAUAUGAGAGGGUUUUCAUGAAGUUACAGUAUGAUCUGUAAUGCUGACUAUUGUUUGUAUAAUUCACACUGUAUUUCUGCUCCUCACUUGGGUGAAUAUAGUCAAAAUUUUAGCACAAAUAUUACAGUUUAAAUUUACCAUUCCAAGGAUAAUCCUUCAGACGGUUUAACAGAUAUUGCAAAGGAGCUAAUUAGCAUGUUCAGGAAAAGCAAAAAUAAGUAUAACUGAGUUUAAGGAGUUUUUUCCCCUAAAUCAAUAGACAUAAAAAAUUAUAUACUUGACCAAAAAAUAGAUGUAUUGCAUAAAGGUAAAAGCACCACUGAAAUUACAAAGAUGCAUAAAUAUUUUUCAAAGAUUUUCCUAUUAUCUGCAGUGGUUUAUCUUAUACUAUAAAGGAUCCUCCUUUCCACUGGCCUCCUUUAUAUUUUGAUUAUUUUACUGACCUCUUCCCCUAAAUAACUGCUUUCUAAAAAAUCCUGAUUAUAAAAUUGACUGAUGAUCCUUCGGCUUACAAACAUACUGUGUAUGUAAACAUACUAUGUAAGAUAUACUGUGACUGUAGAAAGAGAAAAACACAUAAAGCAACUGAAAUGCAAGAAAGCAAAUAGGGGUGUUCAGUUUAAAAGUUAAUAACAAAAUAACAAACACUGUUAUCUUAGGCUGUUUAAUGUCUGAGUGUCUUAAGAGCCUUCCGGCUUAUGAGGAAAUAAAGCAAACUUUUAACUCCUCAGUUACUGACAAUCUCAACUUCAGAGUCUGAAAGCUAUGUCAUUUGGCUGUUUUUAUGCUGUUCCUUCCUCAGCUCAGGUGAACCUGCAUAAAGGAAUUGGGGGUGAAAUUGAAUUUCAGUAGCACAGUCUAUGUAUUGUUUUUAAUGUCUUUAGGUUCUCUUUCCUUUCUUCUCUUGUCUCUUUUUUUUGCUUCUGUGGCACUGAUACUUUCUGAAAACAGGACCUAACUGAAAGAUUAAAGUCUUUAUAUACAAUAACUAAUAAGCAUCUUUAAUGUUCUGCUUAAUAUCUCUAUUUAUAUAUGUAUAUAAAUUGCAUAUGUAAGUGCUAAAAAAAUUGGAACACAAUAAUUGCAACAUUCACUAUGAAAAGUGCUCAUUUUGGUUUAUUAUUCAAAACUUUCAUUGUCCUUGGAACAGCAACGUAGAAAAAUACCUACAGGGACUGAUGACCAAGUAACUGCUUCAUUGUGAGGCAGCUACAUAAAUCACUCAAAUGAUCAGCUUAAAGUAGAGACUUACAUAAAUAAAUCAGUAUAGUUGUAUAAUACAUAGAGCAUAACACCGUGUGGCUGAUUUUUGCUGUUGUGUAUUGUGAUAGGAUUUCUUUAGCUCGUGAUCUGGCAGGGUUUUGAGAAGGUGGGAGUUUCUGCUUCCAAGGGCAGCAACUGUUCAAACUUUUGUUAUCUACUGUUCAUUAUCAUUUCAGAAGUGAAGCUGCUAUCUUUGUACUUGACCUCUUGGUACGUGUCUCAUUAAAAUGUGAAACAGAGGGUUCAUUCAACAGGCUAAACUAGAACACGAUUUGCAGAAGAUCAUGAUUGUAUCCAUCUACAGAUGAGGACAAAAUCAGCCAGAAUUGUUCUGUAUUUCUGUCCUGCAUUCAGCUAUUUACAGAAUGUUUCCUCAUAAUCCUGGUAGCAACUUCUGUAUACCUUAGGCAAGUAACUCUAAAUCUUAAGCAAUAAUCCAACCCAUGUUCCCCAUGUGACAGGAUAAAUUGCAGUGCUCUAAAUAACACCACUGUAAGAUGUGGCCUCUGACCUGAGAAGCUUAUCAUCAUGGAAGAAUGUGGUGAUCUAAUCUAGGAAAUAAAUAAAAAUGGCAUUUUCAUUAUAUAUUUGGGAUUAGCAAAAAAGCAUCUAGGGUCUUACAAAGCUUUUUAAUUCUACUGAAAUAUGACAAUCUUCAUGAUAUUGUUUGUUAACCUUCCCCCAAGCCUGUGAUUUUCUUCUAAGGAAUUUCUUGUUUUUCUGCAACUGUAUAAUUAAAGAAAAAAUACUAAUUUGCUUUUUUAAAUGUUACAGUCAAAUUCCAUGUCAGUUUUUUUCUUUUAGUUUUAAUUCGAGAUGAUUAUGCAUAGAUCCUGAAGCUCAUGUACAUACAAUAGCAUCAAAUAGUAAAACUGCUGUGAAGUCUAUGUUUGGAAUAUUGCAUAAUACAACAUGACUGGGAAAGCUUAAGGGGAAUAAUAAAAAAUGAGUAAGAUUUUUGUGCACAAAGGUACCACUAGUAUGUCAAGAUGUAUACUUCACAGAUUACUGGAUGCCUGAGCAUACACUAGAUUAUUAUGACUUCCAACUUGCUUUAUACUUUUUCUAAGCAUUUGCUUUCAGAUACUGAAAGUGGGUUACAUAGACUGAAACCACUGAAAGUGGUUUCAUUUGGUGUGGCUGUCUGAGAAGAAAUUCUGCAGUGCAUCCAAGAGGGCCAGGGGAUGUAGCAUGUGAUGUGUGAAGAAAGGCUGAAGCAGUUGAUUUAUUUUUGCCAGAAGAGAUGGGACUUAUAGGGGCUUCUUACUGCCGUCUUCAGCUCUGGGACAGAAUUUGAGCAGAAGCAAGUAAUUUCAAAGGUGGUGAACACAAGCUGCAGCAAGGGAAAUUCUAAAUAAAUGGAAGAAAAUAAUUGUUCUCAGCAUUCCCAUUUGUAGAUGAUCCUACUGUUCAGAGGCUUGUCACCCCCUUGGCAUAUUGCCUUCUUCAGGCUCCUCAGCAGAUGUGCCCCAGUGAGGACAGGACUGUGCUGUCCAACCACUUCAGCAGAGUCAGGGUGAGCUCUGUCUAUUGUUUUGCAUGAUAGAUACCACUGGGGCUAACUCCUGGCAUAUGUGUUAGAAUUAAAAAACUUAGAAAACAGCAACUAAAUAAAUGCAGAAGCAUUGCAAAGUCAUGCAUUACUUAUACAAGGAUUUUCCAGGGAACAAUCAUGCAACUUAGUACAGGUGAAUAGGAAGUGACACUAUUUCUCAACACCAGGCUGAAUGACUUAAGUGAAUGAAAAUUUUGUUGGUAAAAAUAAGAUCUUUACAUGCAAUUAAAUUUUGUUGUUCAUUGCAAGAUGUUAGGGUUGGUGAGGUAUAAAAGAUUACAAGAACCAAAUAGUUGCGUUCAUAAAAGUGAAGAUUUGUAAAAUGCCAUGCAACUUUUGAUUAAGGAAGGCAGUUGUGUCCAAACUCCCAAAACCUCACAGGACAUAUGAAGAGAAGAAUCCACCAUGCACAGUUCCAAAACUUGUUCCUAAACUCUCCUAACCAUUUGGCAGUAGAAGCAGUUAGGGAUUCCAUAAAGCUAAAUGGAUUUUAGGUCUGACCUAUGCCAUAAAAAAUAUUAUUCUUCAAAAUCUUUAGAGAAAAAACCAGAAAUGUUUCACUUGGAGUAACUAGAAUGAACAAUUAUCUCUUGUAGCCCAGCUUCAACUAUAUAAAUAUAAAUAAAGGUCUUGUCUGCAAUGCUUUUGGGCAGAGAAAUGUUUGGGAAUUUUGAAUUUGCAGAUACAGACUGGGGAAAAAUGCUGAGGAUAUGGUAAGACCUAGAUAUUCGUAUGCAUGCUGACCAGCCAAUUUUUAGUUUAUGAACCUGCAGGAAGUAGCAUUAUUUAAAACAGUUUUUGAUAAAAGAGUAUUUACAAGGUUAUGACUGUAAAGAAACCCAGCUUAUCAAAACCAGGCCCUCAUUAAAAAAAAGGUAGGAAAAGGAAAGGAUUUAUUUAAAAUUAAAUGGAAUUAAAUGGCUGUAAUCCAUGUCUGGAACUGCAAAAGGCAGAUUUCAUGCACAGAUGUACUAAGACAAUUCAAUGGACACAGAAAAAGGUGGAAGUAAAAUAUGGUAAAGUUCUCUCUCAAUCUAUGUAAAUUGAGAUGCUAUUUUUUGGUUGAUUUAACAGAUGAAUAAAACACUAGAUACAAUCUUUCUGAAAUUCAGCUCAGAGAAACUAAUAGUUAAAUUACAAAUGACAAGAAUUUAUGGAAUUAUUGGAGGAUGGAUAAAAGCUUUCCAACAGGGAAAGAGCAACAGACCUACAAUAUCUGGUAGCACAGUAGUUACUAGCCAUGUUCCUAAAAUAACUUGGCACUGAACUUAUUUAAUAAUGUCAGUCAUGACUGUGGUAGAAAUACAGUAAAAAUACUGAUUGUAUUUGUUAAUGAUACAAAUAUGUUACUGUCAGUACAGUGUAUGGUAUUGUGUAAAAUGCAUUUAUUUCAACUGGAUUAAUAGAAAUCAGAAUAAAUUCAAUAGUAGAUAAUAAAAAAUGAUGUGCCCUUCUCUAAAGGGUGGGUCAUCACAACCCUGCUACUGGCAUCCCACUUCUGUUAAAAGCUAGAAUUUAGCAAAGAAGUAAGGUGGAAAUGUACUUGGCUGCCCUACGUAACAGCAGGAUUACAAAUUAGUGAAUUCAUUUAGCCAGAAAAUUAUAUGAUUGUGUUGAAAAGGCAACUCCAGUAGAAAUAAAGACCCUGGUGAUGCUUUAUCUGGAAUACUUUCUUAGUUUUGAUUGCCUAUAUCCAAGGUCCAUAAAUUAAAACUAAAAUAAUUACACAAAAUGUCUGCUGGAUGGAUAAGUAAAGCAGGAGGAAUGUCUUCUGCAAAGAGCCAGAGCUUGUUAUCUGAGGCUAAACAAGUCGAAAGGGCAUGUCUUUGUUAAGACAUUCAGUAGAAGGGUUAAAACUGGAAGAAAUAUUGUCAUUUAGGCUAAAAGCCAAUGUUUGUACAAGAACAAAAAGAGAGAAAACAAUUAUAAAUACACUCAAGCUGGAAAUGAGGCAAAAGGCCCGGUCUACUGGAACAAUAUAUUUUGGGACUAUCUUUGAAGGAGAAUGGUGGGGGGAGGAAAAAAAGUUAUUUUAAGCUAAGGCUAUGAACCGUUUUGAAAGUGAAUUCAUUAAAUGCUACCUGUAAUAAUAAAGAAGUAAAUUUUGUGAUCCAGGAAGUUUAUUCUAAUUCUGUGCUUCCUUAAAGUACUCUUAGCUAAGAAAUGAUAGGAAUUUGCAUCUUAUCCUCUGUUUAUUUUAGAGCAUAUGUUUAAAUUGGAGGUAGUCUUGUGAAAGCAAUGCCUAUUGCAAACUGAUGUAUUUGACAUGUGAAAUCAUUCUACACAGAACAAUACAGAAAUAGAUUGCAUUAAAAUGUCUUGUUUUCAGUGGUUAUAAUUUCACUGGAAUCCUAACGCAGCAGUGAAAAAUUGUCUGAACUUGCAUGUUUCUUGUCUUCCAGAAUUAUUUUGCCAUCUUGUUCCUUUGUACUGAGAUGCUCUCACUACGGGUUAAAUAAAUGACCUUUUAAAGAG